UUCUGUAGAGUCAUAGAGCUCCCCCAAUUCCCAAGCCAAACCUAGAAAGGUUUCUCUAAUUUUUACAAACGAUUAUUUUCCUUAGUUAUAUAACCUACAAAUUUCACCUAUAUAUAUAUAUAUAUAUAAACAAUUUUAAUGGCUGCAUCGUACUUCAAUUCACUUUUGUUGUCGUCUUUGUUGUUCUGUUUGGUUUCUUCUUCGGUUCAGUUCUGUCUUGUUGAUCGUUUCUUAAUUUCAAAGCCAUCUCAUCCUAAAAUUGUUAGUCAACCUUGUACCUGUUUCUGACAUAUAAAAGCUUACGGACGAGAAGUCAUCACCGACAUGGGAAAACGUAGAACUCAGCGUAAGAAUGCGGCGAUGUUAGAUAGCGACGAUGAUAAUAGUAGUGUGACUUCAUCGUCAACAAUGUCGGUUUCUGGUACCGAAGAAUUAGAGGUUAAUAAGGAUAGUUUACUUGAUGAAGCUGUCGAUGCUUUAUAUGAAAAGCGGGGUUCUACGCGAGAGAAGGCCUUGACAGUGAUUAUUGAGGCUUUCAAUGGCAACUUGCAGCAUCAGUUCGUGGAGAAGAAAUUUGCUACAUUACUGCAUCAGUGUCUGAAUUCUAUCAAAAAAGGGUCCAAGAAAGAGAUAUCUUUAGCAUCACAUGCCAUUGGUUUGCUGGCUUUAACUGUCGGUCUAGGAGAUAAUGCACGGGAAAUAUUGGAAGAAUCAAUCACUCCUCUUUCACAGGCUUUUAAGUCUGGUUCUGAAUCUUCUAAGAUAGCUUCGCUACUGGAGUGUUUGGCUAUCAUCACUUUUGUUGGGGGGAAUGAUCCAGAGGAAACAGAAAAAUCAAUGCAAAUUAUGUGGCAAUUGGUUCAUCCUAAACUAGGUUCUAAUGUUAUUACUGUCAAACCUUCUGCAGCUGUAAUAACAGCAGUUGUGUCUGCCUGGUCAUUUCUUUUGACAACCAUGGAUGGAAGGGGACUCAGUCCCAAAAUUUGGCAAGGGUCCAUUACAUAUUUGUCUAGUUUGCUAGAUAAGGAUGACCGAUCUGUGCGCAUUGCUGCUGGUGAAGCACUGGCAGUAAUUUUUGAGGUGGGAAGCUUAGAGAAGUUUGCAGCUGAAUUUAAAGGUUCCAGUGAUGGUUCAGUUUCAGAAGGAAAUAAAUCUAAAGAAGGGUACUCACAUAUACAAGGACUGAAGGGAAAAAUUCUGAAUCAAGUCAGAGACCUCUCCAUGGAAGCUGGUGGUAAAGGUUCUGCCAAGAAGGUCCUUAACGACCAGAGGAACUUGUUUAAGGAUGUUUUAGAGUUCCUUGAGGAUGGUUACUGUCCUGAGACAUCAAUGAAGAUUGGCUGGGAUUCACUACAGACGUCAACAUGGUCACAGUUGAUUCAGUUGAACUUUUUGAGGCACUUUCUUGGUGGAGGUUUCAUUAAACACAUGCAGGAAAAUGAGUUCCUUAAAGAUGUUUUUGGUUUCACACCAAAAAGAAGGAAUCUUCUAGGCAGUGAACAUAUAUCCAACAGUGAAAAGAGAAUUUACAAAUCACCAAAUUCAGUCAUCAACAAAGUAAGAACCCAGCACUUGAACAAGCAGCGGAUGCUAUCUGAGGGUAGAAACAUUGGGCACUUUGCUGUCAAUGUAGGUGAUGAAGAUUCAUAAACUUCUGCUGGGCAGGAAGAGUUGAUUGUAGUGCUGCCGUUUGUUAUAUCAUUCAUACAUCAAUUCAUUGAAUUCCAAAACUCUAGAACAGAUAAUCUAGGAACCAUUUUGGCUUCAUACACAGAGUUAUUCUAGUUUAACUUGUGUAACGUUGAUAGUGUUGAUAGUAUUCUGUGAAUAUUUUGAGGCAUCAAUGAGAAGUUAAAUUCUUUUCAGUUUUCA